UCUUUCUCCUGCGAUUCCAUCCCUUCGAAUUCCUCAAUCUCCGGUGACGAUGUCGGCCAUGGGUUCCUCUCCUUCCAUUAAAGACAUUCUCGGUGAACUGGAGAAGGACUCGUACAUCCCUUUACUGUCGAAGCUCAUCGGCGAGUCCAGGUACGUCCAAAACAAUCCACCGGACCUGAUUCCUGAAGAGGAUAAGGUCAUCAAUCACGUUCUUGACAUUCUCCUUCCUCUCCGCUUCGAUAAUGGCGGACCCUUGGAGAUCUACCAUGUGAGCUACUCUCCGGGCCGUGGAAAUUUGAUUGUGAAGUAUCCGGGCACUGAACCUAAUAGACUAGUUUCCUUCGUCGGAAGUCACUUGGACGUGGUCACUGCUGAUGACAAGGACCCCGUUUGGGUUUAACGGAUGCAUACCAUGCUGAAAAUGAGUACUGUCUUUAUAAGGAUAUGGCCAAUGGCUACAAGGUUUUUGCCAGCAUCAUCUCUCAAUUGGAAGAAGAUUGAUUAUAAAUCGUUGUUGUUUUAGAGGUACUAUUUAAGAGAGUGAAUGCAGUAUAACUCUGUAUUUUCAUGCUCACUGCAGAGUAAUAAAUAAAGUUUAUCUGCAGAGUAUGCUUUGUAAUCCUGAAUGCUUUUCUGGUUUCAUCUGUAAUUUGUAUUCAAUAAAGGCAAUGCUUGUUUAUUUGUUUCCUAA